UUGUUUUUUUGUCAGCGUAUGGAUACAACAAACAUCUCACGAAAGCGGUACGCACGUUCUGCACUGCUUGCGUAGAAGCAACGAUCACUAUUAUUUCACAAAAGUAGGUAGAUAAUCUGUUUGUAGGACUGUGUUUAAAAAUAUAUACAUAAUGACUUCUUGGCAAACAUAUGUAGAUAAUCAAAUUUGUGCACAGGUCCAGUGUAGGCUAGCUGUAAUUGCUGGCAUUCAAAAUGGAGGGAUUUGGGCUAAGUAUGAAAUGGAUUCAACUUGUACGAUAACUGAGACAGAGCUAAGGUUAAUUAUAGAAAAAAUGAAGUCCAAUCCCACAGUAUUUCAAGAAACUGGUAUUCACAUUGGAGGAGAAAAAUAUAUCUGUUUGAAAGCAAGUGACACUCUUCUUAGAGGUAGAAAAGGGAGUUCAGCACUUUGUAUAGUUGCCACAGAACAAUGUCUUAUUGCAGCUGCUACAACUGAUGGUGUUCCUGCAGGGAAGCUCAAUAUUGUUGUGGAAAGAUUAGGAGACUACUUAAGAAUGUCUGGCUUAUAAAGCACAAGAAAUUCUACUUCCUUUCAAGGCUUCCAGCACAAAAUGUCAUUUUCUCCUGUUGAGCCUAUUCUUUCUUUGACUUUUGCAGUUCUUACAUUGGACUGAGUUCUGAGUACGUGCUAGUCAGGACACAGGAAACCAGUGAUGUUUGAAAGGAGGAAAGUGUUACUUCAUGGUGUAGGAUAUUUUUGUUGCCCUAAGAUAUCUUGUAUUAUAAUUAAUCAUGCUUUGUGAAGUGAUAUUAUACAUAGUGCUCCUCCCCCCAGCUUGAGUAGUUAUAGUUACAGAAGGAAGUAAAAGUAUACAGUAGAGCACUAGAAAUAUCCACCUCAGUCUUUUAAAUUUCAUUUUAUGUAAUGUCUGACCUGAACAAUUCUUCUGUCUUUGCUUUUGAUCAGUGCUGGAUGAAAGUAUUUCUUUUAUAAUGAUGUGAGAUUAAAAACUAAUCUAUAUCAUGAUAUGCAGCUGAGCUUUAAUGUAAAAAAAAUUGAUUAGUGAAGAAAAUAAGAGCAGCUUUUAUUGUCAGUCUGUUGUAUUAAGAAUUCAUAAUACCAUCUUUGGACCCCUUAUUACAGUUUUGUAUCAAGCUUUCUGUGUAUCAUAAUAUAAUAAAUUGCCAUUCCAUUGAA